GAAACGCGCCAGCCAAGCCAGAGCUGUGUCAAACUCCGUGCAAAAGGAGCUUGUGACACUCCACAAAGGCGGCGGCUGCUGCAGCAACAGAAGCAGCAAGCAGGAGGGGGCUGGAACUCUGGAAGUUGGCAGUUUCCCUUGCCUGAUCCUGCACGCCGCGCCUGCCCCUGUGUGAGUGACUGGAAGGGAAAAGAUCCCAGCGCAUGAAAAGGAGGCGAGCCUGUGUCUCAGGCGGCCAACCUCUAGGUGAGGACCGGGAUCAUGGAGAGCUUCAAGCUGCGAUUCGUUUAGCCCCAAGGAGGCGGCGGAAGGCAGUAGGGAAGAGAGAGGCUGGAGCCAUGCCUCGGCUGGGCUCCCGGGUCGUUCGACGGCUUGGCUCGCCGCGGCUCUCUUGAGCGCUUCUAUGGGAAAUCCCCCGCCUGGCUGAAAUCGCCGCCGCCCCAGCAGUGCCCAGCCGCCAGCGCAGCCGUACCCUGAUGGAGCCGGAGGGAAAGAAGAUCUCGGUGUGGAUCUGCCAGGAAGAGAAGUUGAUCUCCGGGCUUUGCAGGCGCACCACUUGCUCGGAUGUGGUGCGGGUGCUUUUGGAGGACAGCAAGCAGAGACAGCGGCAACAGCCGCAGCUGGCAUCGCUGCAGGAGUGCGGUGGGGAGAUGCUCUCGGGGGCCCCGCAGUCUUACUGCAUCGUGGAGAAAUGGCGCGGCUUCGAGCGGAUCCUGCCCAACAAGACCAAGAUCCUAAGGCUCUGGGCGGCUUGGGGGGACGAGCAGGAGAACGUGCGCUUCGUCCUGGUGCGCAGCGAGGCCUCCCUGCCCAACACCGGGCCUCGGAGCGCCGAGGCCAGGGUGGUGCCCAGCAAGGAGAGCCCUUGUCAGCAUGGCUUGGGGGCCGCAGCCCGGGCCAGUCUGGCACUGAGCCAGGAGCGGCAGCGCCGCGUGGUGCGCAAGGCUUUCCGCAAGCUGGCCAAGAUCAACAAGCGGAAGGGGCAGCCGGAGCAGCACGAGGAGCCGCCGGCCAAGGGGGCGUCGGCGGCCGAGAGGAUGGAGACCCUGGUGCACCUCGUCCUCUCGCAGGAUCACACCAUCCGGCAGCAGGUCAAGCGCAUCCGCGAGCUGGACAGGGACAUCGACCGCUUUGAGGCCAAGAUCCACUUCGACCGCAUGAAGCGCCACGGCGUCAACUACGUGCAGGACACUUACUUGGUUGGCGGUGAGACGGAGCUGCCGCCGGAGCCCCCCGGGGGAGAGGAGCAGCCGGGAGAAGUGGCGGCAGAGGCGGCCGGCAGUGGAGACAUGGAGGAGUACGCCCGGAAGUGCGAGGAGGUGCUGUUGCUGCAGGAAGAGUGGCGCCGCCAGGAGGAGCUCGUCGAGCACUUGGCCGGCGAGAUCCAGGAAGAGCUCAACCAGCGCUGGAUGAAGCGGCGGCGGGAAGAGCUGGCGGCCGCCAAGGGCUCCAGCACCAGCCUCUCCGAGUCCGACUGCAACACCACCGAGCUGAUCGGUGGCGGCGGGGAGCUCCACGUGGAGCAGGAGCGCGUCAAGACGCAGCUGAGCACCAGCCUGUACAUCGGGCUGCGCCUCAGCACGGACCUGGAAGCCGUCAAGACGGACCUGGACUUCACGCAGCGCGCCUGGGCCGACAAGGAGAGGGAGCUGCAGCGCCUCCUCGACACCCUCCAGUCUCUCGACGUUGAGGAACCGAGCGACGAGGAGGAGGACGAGCCAGCGGGGGCUCCGUCUCUCUGCCUCCCCGAGGAAAGCGAGCUCCCCGCUCCGGCCCCGUUCCCCUCCGAGGUCUGGGAGGAGCAGGCCGCUCGGAGCUUGGGCAAAGACUGCGAGGACAACGCCGAGGAGGAUUCCGACACGGGCUUGAGUUCCAUGCACAGCCAAGACUCGGACUCGGUGCCCGUCUGCGAAUCCCUGGUAUAGCAGUGGCCUCCCCUCCUUUCUCCUCACCCCGUCGUCUCAGGGACCAGAGUUGUGCUUCCUCUCCGGUUUUGCCAUCCUUGCAAUAAGCCCCCCUGUCUUUUGCAAAAUGCUGAGGCGAGGAAUUACUGGGUCUCUCCGCUCCCUCCGCCCCUCCAAACGCACCAACUCCCUUUUUCAGACGACUUAAGGGAUGUGUUUUUAUUCAGAUAAAAUAUAAUAAUAAAACUCAUGAUUAAUUAAAA